AUGGAGGAUUUGCAUGGCGGAAGGACACGUCCUGCGGCCGGCCCACUAGGUAGGAGGGUCUUCCCUUUUCAAGUGGCUGUCAGUGCCAGCACUCUAAGGCGCCGCCUGUGCGCAAGCACAGCUUUCCCCCAGCGGCUUGGAGCUGCGCUGACAGAGCUGACGAUUGUCAUUUUUGUUUACUUGUUAAUUACAUACAAGAAUAAUUUACCAAAACUUCAAGCUUUGUGGAAAAUCUCCAGGAGGAACAAUAAUUCAACAGUUUCUAAUUUAGGAUUAAACUCUGUGAAUGCUGAGGAGGAACAAAAGAACUUUGUUGAACUGCUGCCUCCAGAAAUUGCCUUUAAAAUUUUCAGUCAGCUAGACAUUCAGAGUUUGUGCAGGGCUUCAGUGACAUGCUGGAGCUGGAAUUACGCAAUAAGAAACAGUGACUUCUUAUGGAAAUCUCACUGCUUAGUUGUAAAAGCUGUGUGCCCAAACGAAAUAAAUGACGAUGAAAGAAGUGGUUAUUCCUGGAGGGAAAUAUUACUGAGGAAUUACCAGAAUUACCAGAGGAAUAAAGUGAAACUCGAAUGGCUAAGUGGCAGAUACAGCAAUAUACGUUCUCCCACUACUUUACUAAAAAAAAAUAUGUACCCAAUGGAUGUAGAUACCUGGGGAGAAAUUUUAGAAGCCGAACUGGAAAGACAAGCAGAAAAACACCAACAAUAACUGUGAGAGUUUAAAACUCAAAUGAUUCUGAGGUUACAAAAUGUAUAUCUUUUUUCUUUUUCUUUUCUUCUUUUUUUUUUUUUUUUUUUGCUGUUCACCUUCCUCGUAUUUAACAUUUAAAAGAAAAUGAAAUAGGAAAUAUUAUAAAAGUAAAACUUUAUUUUUAUAUAGGUCAUGAAGUACGCAACGUCCAAUUUCAAGUCAAAGGUGUAGUUUAAUAUAUUUCAAGCAAGAAGCCGUAUAAUUAAUCAAAGUAUGUGCCUAAACUGUCGACACAGUUUUGUUGUCUUAACGGUAGUUUGUUUAUGCCAACAGCGAAGAAGCAGCGUGGAAUACAAAUGGUGAGAAAAUUGUAAAAAUCAUUUUCUACAGAUCGUUGAGAAUUAAAUGUUUUUCCUUGCAAGAAAUGGUCCAAAGCCUGGAAGAAGUGGCAGAAAGUUUCCAAGAUCAGCUUCUGUAGUUCAAGCAGCUUUGGUUGAGUGUUGUUUUUUGCAAGAGGAUUGGCCUAUUUUCUAAUCACAAACAUCUUCAUCGUUUCAUCCAGUUGGUUGCAGUAGACAUCUGCUUUUAUCAGUUGACUACAUUUUAUGAAGAUGUAGGGAUACCAGCACUGAACCACAAACCACCGUUAGCUUUUUUGAUGAUUAUUUGGUUUGAGGCUGUGUUUCAGCACUUCAUCUUAAUCCAGCCAUUGUGCCAAAUGAUUGAGAUUGUCAAAAAGAAUCCAUUUUUUAUCACAUGUAGCAAUACAGUGUGGAAAUGGUUUGUUUUUACGAUAUCUGACAGUUAAGUUUGUGAACUUGCUACUAUAUGUUUACUUUGGCAGCACUGUACAAAUGACAUGGUAAGGUUUCAUAACCUUGGUAUAUCAUUGUGUUCAUGUCAAUGUGUGCUGGGCCUUGCUCAGAGGCGUUCAGUAUUGCGUAUUUUUAUUGGCCAUUAUGAGAAUGUCAGAACUUGAAUUAGAGCAACAAACAUUAAGUUUCUUAUUAAAUGUGGCAAGAGUAGAAAUGAAAUCAGGCACAUGUUACUCCAAGUUUAUAGGGAUAAUGCCAUAAAGAAAAUGGCAGUGUAUUAAUGUAUUAAACGUUUCUCUGAGGGGAGAGAAAGCAUCACUGGUAAAGAGAGGUCAGAGUGGCCAGUAAGGAUAACUGAUGAAAACAUUACAAAAGUUCAUCAGGUUGUGAGUCAAAAUUGUUGGCUGACUGUGAGAAACAUAACAGACCAAUAAACAUUGAUAGAGAAACAGGAAAAUCUUAACUGAAAAUCUUGGCAUGAGAAAGGUGUGACUCUUGCAUCACGACAAGGCACCAGCUCACACAGCGCUGUCUAUGGGGUAGUUUUUAGCCAGUAAACAAAUAACUGUAUUGGAACACCCUCUCUACUCACUUGAUGUGGCCCCCCCAUAACUUUUUUAUUUACCUGAAGAUAAAGGAAAUAUUGCAAGGAAGACGUUUGAUGACAUUCAGGACAUCAAGCGUAAUACAACAACAGCUCUGAUAGCCAUUCCAGAAAAAGAGUUCCAAAAUUGGGACUAGGGUGGAUUAGGCACUGGCAUUGGUGCAUAGCUUCCCAAGAGACAUACUUUGAAGGUGACUGCAGUCAUACGUCAUACUCAGCAAUGACUCAUGUAGCACUUUUUCUAGGAUGAGUUCGUGAACUUAAUUGUUAGACUUUGCAUGUCAUGACAGCAAAGAAAGGCAAUCUUCGAUAUGAUUAAUCUUCUGAUGCUUAUGCGGAAUUCAUCUGUCCAGCUUCUUUAUCUUGUCGUUUUGUUUCAAAUGGUCCAAUAGUAUUGGAAUAGUAACGUCAAACUUUGCUGCUAAUUCACAUGUAGGUUGAGAUGGAUUUGUUCCCGACAGUUUUAAGCUCUUCAUUAUCCACCUUGGUCUCAGGUGUCCACUUGGCUCAUUAUCAAGAUUAAAAUCACCAGAACAAAACUUUUCAAACCAUCAACGUACCCUAUGUUCCUUAGCUGCUUCCUUCCCAAACACUUUGUUGAUGUUUCCGGCUGUCUCCUCUGCACUGGUUCCAUGACGAAACUCCAAUUUGAAAAUAAUGCCGAUUUUUGACUUAACUAUGGUUUCACAAAAAUUGCUCUAAAAAACUUGAAAAAGAAUCACAAGCCAAAAUGUGCAUUUCAAAGACUGAAGAUGUACCGUCACAAUAAAAAUAAAACAAGAAGUGCCAAAGGGAAAUGUUAUAGAAAUGUCAACUGUCAAACUCAGCACUUUAAAGAAAUUGGACAUUUCAUACUUAAUAACCUAAUAUUUUUGCACUUGAGUAAAAUAUAUUUUUCUGGUUUUUCUAUAAUAUGGAAAAAUAAUGAAAUGCUAUAUUUAUAAGAAAUAAUGUAUUGAUAGAAUAUCAGAAUGUGCAUUUGUGUUAGUAUAUCACAUUACUUUAAAUGAUGAAUUUUAUUGGUAAUUUCAGCUUAAUGAUCAAGUGGCUUAAAAAUGGAUUAGCCAACUCAGGAACACUAGUAAAAUGAAAUUAAUAGCAAUGAGUUUAACUAAAUAACAAAUUUGCAUUUCAGUAACUUUAAAAUUUACAUUUUAUUACAUCAGAUUGUAUUGUCAGAUAGUGACACUAUUUUAAAAAUGUGUGGCUUAGUUUAAAAUUAAUGUGAUUUAAGGGCCAAAAUGUGUCAGAUUAACAUUCCCGUUACUUUCCUACAAACCUGGGAUUGCUCUCAGGAUAUGGAAAGUUUCCAGAACUCUGAUCUACCAUCAGAACUGCUCACACUACUCAGCUUGGUAAGUCUUUCUGACAGCCUUGUAGCACAUCUAGCGUACUGUUCACACAUACCAACACCAACAUGGUCAACUCCUUCUUUUACCCCCAUAUUUAAAAGAAAGAAGAAUAUUCUAGAGAACCCUUAAAAUUUGACUUUGUUAAGGUUUAUAACAUUUUAGGAAACUUUAUGUCAACUUUUGCUUCUCUUUUUCAUAAAAGUAGAUGAUAUAGUACUCACCAUAUUAGAUUAUUUUCUCUGAAUCUGUAGUCAACACCAUCGUAAAAAGUGUCUAUAAAAUUUUUUCUUCUUGAGUUCCCUUCUAUACCAUGAAAAAUAAGAAUCCAAUAAAUCGGUAUUUAACAAAUAGAUAAAUAUCAGAAAGACGCCCCACUGUAUACAAAUUUCCUUUGUUAGAUCAGGCAGUUGAUAAUUGGUUGUCUCCCAUAUUUUCUUAGAGUUGAAAGAGGCCUUGAAAAUCAGGCAGUCCAGUCUCCAGAACUAUUUGGUAAUUUCUUCUGUAGAAACACUGAGAGCCAGCUCAAGCUCAAAUGCCAUGUUUCUAGUGACAGGAUCUCUGUUACAUCAUAAAAGACUCCUAUUUAUUGUAUUCUAUGAUUGUUCCAAUCAUUAGAAAUUAUUCCUCAUUAAACUGAAGGCCACCUCUCUGUAGCAUUUGCCUACCAGGCCUGAGUCCACCAUCUAGAACUAGACUAACUCAAUUCUCUAUGAUUGCCAUUCGAAGCUUUUAAGUCUGUUAAUCUGUCUCUUUCCACAUCUCGCCAAUUCCUCUGCUGAUCAUAGAAUAUUAUUCCUAGAUGCAACAACAUUCUCUUCUGUCCAUGCCCUCUUAAUAAAAAAAAGGUAUCCUACUAAUUUUAUUUCAUAAGAAAUGAGAUGAAAACACUUUGAAAUUUUGAAAGUGAGAGGAAAAGUAAAGCUAUAGGCAUUUUACUGACUAGCAUCUAUGUACUGAAAGGAUAGCAUUAUGCAUCAACUAUCUAACAGAAAAAAAAAUAAAUAGAAAAAAGAAAGAUCACAGUGCACAACUGCCCCCUUUGUUUGAUUAAUCAUUUGUGGCUUAAUGAUUUUUUUUUCUUUUUUUGCAAUUUUUGGCCAGGGCUGGGUUUGAACCCGCCACCUCUGCCAUAUGGGGCUGGCACCCUACUCCUUUGAGCCACAGGCACCACCCUGGCUUAACUUGUCUUUUAAGAUUAACCACCUGUGGCUUAACUUGUUGCCUUUGAAAGUUUGUUUUAACAGUUCUUGAAGAGUUCCCAGGCAGACAGCAGAGGUACACGGGAGCUCCCACAUCCAUCACACCACAUUCUAAGGAGACUGAUAAGCCAGCCUCACAGAGAAGAGAAAACAAACAAACACAGCCACUUCACAACUGCCUUCUGCUAUCAGCUGGCAGCAAUAAUUAUUUUUUUUUCUUUCUCUUUAUUCCAAUUAGAAACCCCAAACUCCUUACCCUCAAUGCCAGCACUUCUUUCUUUCUCUCCUUCCCUCCCUUGGGAAGUAAAAUAAACUUUUUCUCCAAACAUACUCUAUUCUUUGUGUCAAGAUUUCUGUCUCAUCCUGCACUAUAGGUUUCCACCCUAAUAUGUACAAUCGUGUUAUCUGCUUUUUUAAUGGAUGUGGAUUAUCUUUGUUUAAUCCCCUUGAUGUCUAUUAAACUUCAUCUGUUAAGAGAAUUGUCCUAAUUAGAGAGAAUUUUCCCUCCUCAUUUCUUCCCCAUGUGGGCUUUUUACGUUAUCUCCUCUUUCCCAGCCUCUGUGUUAAAUCUAGGGAUGGGAACAUGACCCAAACCAUCCUCUUUCCUCUUUGGGCAGAAAACUGUUUCUUGCCCACACAGAAAAAACAAGUCCUCAGUAAGAGGAUGUGGAAAAAAACAAUUGCAGAGAGAGGCCUGAUUGUAUUCAAGACGCUGGCCCCAGCCAUUCCCAGUCUGCUCACCUAAACUAAUUCAAACUUGAGUUUCAGUCUCUCACUGGGAACCCUACCUGAUAUGGUUUUCUUUGCCUAUUUUUCCAGUACAUGGUAUCUGUGGUUUACAUUAAUAUCCUUGUUUUUAAAAUAUAAUACCUUGCUUUAUCCUUAGGACUACAAGUUUUAUGUCCUCCUGAAGAUAGGUCCUUGCUUCCGACUUCCUGCUCAUUCAUUUCUCAAGCCGUUAUAAUCUAACCAUCAUUCCACAUGAUUGAAACUGUUGUUAUCCAGAUUACAAGUGACUUAAUUGCUAAGUCUGUUGGAUACAUUUUAGUUGUUAAUAUAUUUGACACACAUAAACACUCAGUACUUCUUGUAACUCUUUAAUUUGCUGCGUUUGUUGGCAUUUCCCCAGGUUCCGACUGUUGUCCUCUCCUCUUUUUCUGUUCUAAACAUCAUUGAUGACACCACUACUCACUUCUCUGUCCACUACCGUCAUUGGUGCUGAUGACACCCAUGUCCAUGUCUCACGGUCACAUCUCCCCAUUGUGCUCCAGAAUUACAUAUGCCACUGUCAGUUGAAUUUUUAACUAAAUCAUGAAUUCCUGAAUUGCAACUCAUCAUCUCAUAAAACUAGUUCUUCUUCCCCAGUUCCCCAUUUCAGUGAAUGACCAGAGGAGCUGGUCACCAUUUUUUACUUUUCUCCUUCAUCCUCUGUAUGCAAUCAAAAGUCAAUUCUUACCAAUUUUGUCAUCCAAAUAUGUAAAUAAUCUAACCUUCCUUUAUCUUUCCUCUGCUUCAUUGCUUAAUUCUAGUCUUUAUUUAAAUCUGGGAUUAUUACAAUAAUCUCUUAACUAGUGUUCCUGCCUUCAGUUACUUCCUCUGACUUUCAUCAGUGUAAUCUUCCUAAAAUCUCCAAAUUAGGAUUUUCCCCCCUACCUUAAACUUCUUGCUGCGUUCAUGCAGAAUGUAGAAAUUAUAGUUCUCUAGGGAAGCAUGUAGGUCCUUUAAUGAUGUGGUCUUCAUACCUUUCUAGCCUCUUUUUUCGCAACUGUACUAUGCUAUAACUUUCAGUUCUGUCAUACCAAACUAUUUUCAGUUUCUUGAACAUAAAAAUUUUCUCACUCCUCUGCCUUUGCACAGGGUUUUCCACAUAGCUGGGAUGUUCUUCUUUUGCCCAGCAUUAACUUUUUUCCUUGGCAAUAUCUUUUGUAAAACUCAUCAUCUUGGCCUGGAAACUAUCCCUAACUAUUAUGUUCUGAAUUAAGUGAUCUUCUCUAGGUUCCUGUAGUUCUUGGGCACACCUCUCUCAAAGCUGAUGUACUACAUUAAAUCGUGUAUUUCAUUUGUCUGUCUGCCCCUUUAUACUGUGAACUUCUUAAUAGUAAGGACCAUUUUUUUAUUUAUUUUUGUGUUCUCAAAGCUUAGCAUAUAGUAGGUACUAUAUAAAUAUUUGUUAAAUUAUUUGUAUAAUUUAUUGCAAUCCUACCUGGAAUAUAUAAAAAUAAUUUACUAUUUUGUUAGUGAAUGAGAUUGUUUUGAAAUGCAAUGUGAAAUCCUUAAGCUUCAUGAGAUGCUUAAUAUUAAUGCAAAUAUAUGAAUAGUUAUUCUAAUCUUCUCCAAAGCUAUAAAAGGAAACAGGAAAGUAUAUAUGUUUCUUAUACACACUUAAAAAUAAACUUUUCCUCAAAAAUGUCACUUAUUUUAAAUCAUUGGGUCAUCCCAGUUUUAAGUAUUACCUUUGUAAAUUAUAUAAUUAAACAUUUGAGGGUUUUUUAAGUGCUAUUUAUUAAAAUAAUUAUUUAUAUUAAUGUAACAUUCCUGACCACUUUAAUUUCAUCUUUGUUCUGACUUUACAUCAUAUAUUCUCUUUAAGGCUUCAAAUGCCCCAUUAAUAUUAACAGAAAUAAGAUGAAUAGUGACAUAAGGAAAUGGAUUAGGAAGAAUAAUACAUAAGAUGAAAGUGCACACAUUUUUUAAAAAAUUAGAGUUGAAAGACAAGAAAGCAUUAAAUGGAUGAAGUUAGAUCUGCGGUAGACACAGCGGACUGACUGUAACAGCCAGCAUUCAUGGUGUACCUACUCGGCAUCAAGCCUUGUGUGUACAUGGCAGGUGUGCUCACUCCAUCUCCAUGUUAUGGAUGAGAAGGCCAAAGGGAGCCACCUCAUCAGUCUAGUUCACCAUCACUUCCCAGCACCUGUAAAAGUAUGCAGUGCAUAACGGAUGCUCAACAAAUGUUUAUUGAAUGAAUUUUUAAACCUAGAAUGAGAGAGAGGGACCAAGAAUGUUCCUCUAAGUUUUUAUUUUGAAAAAUGUCAAAUCCACAUAAAAGUAAAAAUAUCUGAAAAACAACUUUGAUGUACAUCAUACAUCCUAGAUAUACAAGUUAACAUGUUUCUAUGUUUGAUUUAUUAUAUUUUUUGCUGAAAUAUUUGAUAAGUUGCAGAUAUGAUACUUCACCUCUAUGUACUUAAACAUACAUUUAAGAAUCAAUAUAUGCAAUAUCAUUAUCACAUCUAAAAUGUUUUAUAUUAAUUCAAUAGUAUAUAAUUUACAGUACAAGUUUAAAUUCCCUAAUGCCCCCCAAAAUAUCUUUUAUAGUUUUUCUUUUUUCAAUUCAAGAUCCAAACAAAGUUUACAUAUGUGUCUGGUUUUUUAUUGGUUUAAUUUCUUUUAACCAGAAGUGUACCCCUGCCUUUGGUUUUGUGUUUCUGGAAACUGAUUUUUUUGUUUGUUUGUUUAAGGAUUAAGACUGAUCAUUGUAGAGAAUAUUCUGUAAUUGAUUUGUUGGAUUCUCUCUUCCUGAUUUGAUU